UCACUUCUCCCAGAACACGACGCCAAGGUAGGCGAGUUGCUUCAGAAGCGGGGCGUCAUCAGCCGAUGCGGGCACCAAAGGGUCUGCGAUAAAGACCUCAGGCUGCUCCGUCCAGGCCAGUGGCUCAACGACGAAAUUAUCAAUUUUUAUGGAGAGAUGAGUAUGCGGCGUGCAGAGGAGGCCAAAAGGAACAAGCAAGGGAAUGUUCUUGACGUCCAAUACUUCAGUUCGUUCUUCUGGACGAAGCUCAGCGAGCAGGGAUACCAUGCGGGCGGCCUAGUGAGCUGGACGCAGACCCACAACAUGUUCUCGAAGGAUAUUGUCCUGAUUCCUGUGCAUCACAGCAACCGACACUGGACUGCCGCUGCAAUCAACUUCCGGAAGAAGCGGAUCGAAAGCUACGACAGCUUGAAUCACGACCGAACGCGGGUGUUCAUCCUCCUGCGAGGGUAUCUCAACGACGAACACCGACACCAAAAAGGCCGGCCUUUCGAUUUCACCGGCUGGGUUGACUGGACGCCCAAAGACACACCGCAGCAGGAGAACACCAGCGACUGCGGUGUCUUCACAUGCCAAUUCCUCCAGACACUGUCUCGCGGCGAAGAGGAGUUUGCUUUCACGCAGGCGGACAUGCCCUACCUCCGGAGACGAAUGAUCUGGGAAAUUGGACAUGUCCGGCUGCUCACCGACACCGAAAAUAGCGCGAACACAUCUUUUCCCUCCGCACCCUCCCCUUAA